AUGGACUUGAUACUUCCUAAUGACGUACUUCUCUUGAUAGGAGAGCAGCUGGAACAGAGAGCAGACCGACGGAACCUCGUCUUUGUCUCCCAUCACUUUCACAAUCUUUUCCUCCCACUGGUAUAUCGAAAGGCGUCCAUCUACCAUUGGCAAAAUGCCAAUUCCUUCCUGCAUGCAUUACUGCAACGACCUGCGCUGGCGCGGGCCGUUCGGGAGCUAGACAUAACAGACUGGCAUGCAAGAAGCGUAUCGGAAGAUGAAUGCAAUGAAAUUCGGACUUCAGCAUCUUUGGUGGCAUGGCUAGGUGCUGUGUCAUGCUCAACGCUCGAAAGUGAUCAAUGGGCCCAAAGUCUCGGGCAAGGCCUCGCUGACGCCUGGAUUGCGCUCAUUCUCCCAUUGUUAAGUCAGCUAAGGAAGCUUUCGCUGGCCUAUACGUCAAAGUCUCCUUAUUUGGAUCAGAUCAUGCAAAGGGCUGUGGACUGCAAACAGCCAUUUUCCGACCAGCCAGCCUUCCGGCACCUACGCGAGGUCUCAUUGCACCACCGGGAAGAUCUUGAUCACAGCGAGCACCUGGAAAGUGGGACUCAACUAUCAUCAACUCUGCUCCUGUCAUUUUUCCAACUGCCGUCUGUUCGUGCUAUCGCAGCCAACUCUGUAGUGGACCCUAGCUCCACAAGGGAACCGACAGAUUAUGAGAAGCCACGCCUUGCCUUCUCCUCAAUCACUGAUAUUGAUUUCCGAGCAAGUAGUGGGAACUAUGGCAUGGAGAUAUUGGUUAGUUCAUGCGCAGAACUGAAGUCAUUUAAAUACCAGCACUCGGACUCGCACAUCCUUUCGCAUGGUUACCAGCCAUCCGCCUUCCAUCGGUCUUUGAUUCACAGCAAAAAAAGCUUGCAAAUACUCUGGCUGGACCACUAUGGAAGCCACUACCCGUUCACCGCUGCUGGAUUGAACCAAUCCCACGAUGAGUGCUUUGGCUCCCUCGUCGAAUUCACCGCCUUGAAAGAAGUGCGCGUGAGACUGCCAAAUCUUCUGGAUAUUCGAUACCAGAACGAACCAACCGUGCCUCUCAUGGAGUGUCUACCACCGUCACUUGAGACUCUGUAUAUUGAAGGAUGCGAGGAGCGAUAUCUGGGAAUGUUGGUUUCCCAGUUACAGAGCGUGGUCAAAAUCCGACAGACUCAUUUCCCUCGACUCAAGCGUGUCGAUAUCGAGGGUGCAUUCCAAAACAUCCCGUCGGAUGACGAUGGUCAGGUUGCCAGCUCCGAAUCAGAAUUACCUGCUGUGAUUAAGGACAAAAUAUAUCAGGCUGCUGAACCUUUGCAUAUAGACUGCGUCAAUGCUGGUUUGGAGUUGCAUCUUCACGACCGUGCACUGUCACAUAUUUGA